AUGGAAACAGGAUGUUAUCUUUUUGACAUUCCCUGUGAGGAAUCAAACAACUUCUUCCCGUUAUCUUUGGUUCCCCUCCACAGGCUAUACUUCACACUGAAGAAGAAGGCUCCAGCGAUGUCGGUGACUGUCAGCCCGUGUGACCUCCCCAUCGAGUGGAACUUGGCUGCCCGCACCCUGAAGGACAAACCCCUCAAGAGCCUGCAGUGGAGCACCAAGAAGAGCACGCCCGAAGUGUGGUGGAGAGGUCCUGGGACUGAGGAGAAAAUACACAGCUUUACUGGCAAUGUAGUGGACACAUACAGGGGUCCUUCCUAUCCCCAUGCCUCCAUCUACAUCCUGAGGCUGCGGUCCAAACAGCAGAACACCAGAGUUACAGUGUACCUCCAUGAAGGCCUGGGGACCUCAGGAGCCUUCCCUCUGGUCCCAGCUGAUCCUCAAGUUCACACAUUAGGUGUAGGAAUGACAAGUGUCACCCUCAGCUGGGCGCCCAGUGCCUCGCUAACCAGCCUCCCACACACACAGAAAAGUUAUGAUUACUGCGUCCUUGUCAACUCUCAGCAAAACUACCCUAGCAUCUGCGCAGCCCGAGAGAGCAUGAGGAAAGAGAAAGACCAGAACCAGGAAAAGAAAGAGAGGAGGAGGAGAGUCACAGUGUGGCCAAUUUUGAAAGAAUGGUGGUGGCAGCAGUGGGACGCUUAUCCUGAGCCCCAAAGUCCACCUUCUUCCCUCACCGAUGAGUAUGCUGAUCUCCAGUGUGUAUGUCAAGGGACAGAGAGUGUUUGCACUGUCUCCGAGCUCCUACCUGACACCCAGUAUUACUUUGACGUCUUCAUAAUCGACAGGCUGAAUGGGACCAGCAUGGCCUACAAAGGGGCAGUUGCUCGGACGCAUGAGGAGGCUCAGCCGGCGAUCACCACGCUGAGAGAGGGGGAGCUGAGGUGGGUGACCUUCAAUGACAGAGGGUCCAACUCGGAGCAGUUCUUCAGUUUCAAUCCACGGGGCUGGCAGCAGAGUGGCCUCCUAACCCUGCAGAGCUGCGGUGGAGGUGAAAAAGUCAAGGUCACAGUGUCCAGUAAAGGUCAGGUUUUGACCUCUCAGGCUGUGGGAGGUGAUUUAGUGCAGAUUUGGCUCCAGGGAAGUCCCUCUUAUCUUAUCCACUUGGAGAGAGAAGGAGCCACCACAGAGAAGAUCUCUGCUGCUGCAGAUCCAGCUCUACCAGGAGGUCUGAUGGCUUCAGUCAAAAUUCAGACCUCCUCAGCCUACCACCGCAGAGGCGUCCCGUCACUGCCACCCACCUUGCAGAUAAAAUCCUUCAACCGGUUGCGUGGGUGCAACACUGUCACCCUGGCGUGGAUGGGCACAGAGGAAAGAAGCCUGUACUGUGUGUACCGCCGAAAGCUGGGAAAAAGUGAAGCAGAUGCUGGAGGAGUAUCAGCUCUAACUGCACCCUGUCUGGGGCCAGAGUCCCGCUCUGACACCGAGAGAGUUCUCUGCAAGUAUUUCCAGGAGCUGAAUCCUCGGCGGGCCGUCACUACAGCUGUGAUCGGGGGCCUGGAGCCAGGGAUGGCCUAUGUGUUUGAUGUCUAUCUAAUGAGACGCUGGGGGAUCCCUAUCAAGUACGCCAGCAAGAUGGUGAAGACCAGAAAGGAAUGCUGAGCUGCCGCCCCCUACAGGAGCUUUUAAGACUGUCCCUGUUCAGGGGAAAAUGCAUCGGCCAUGGACAUGCUAUAAAGACUGACCAUGAGAACAAAGCCAUUUGACUGUUUUGGAGAGACUGUUACCAUAGCAAGGAAGUAUUCCCUCUGGAGGAGCAAUGGUUAUAUUCAAACUUAACUUGCACUCCAUGCAAGUGGAUGGAAAGCAUAUGAGAAGGAUCUGCACACCAGCAAAAGUUCAUAACAUUUACAAUACAACUCUUGUGCUUUUGUCAUUUUGUUUUUCAUUGUUGGUCAUGAUAAUGAUGUGCCAGUUGUCCAAGUGCUUAUUUUGUGUGUAAGUACAAAGGACAGAUGAGGUUUGUGAUGACAGAAAGUCAAUAAAAAAACAACAACAGAGACUGUGCCAAAUAUGCAACAGAAACAGAUGGGGCAAUAAUUGGAUAACAUCUAAGACAGGGGGAUUUGCAGUGUAUAUCUCCAGUGCUGCAUAUUGUACAGGCUUAUAAACACAGAUGGGUGCAAUCUACAGAUGCUUAGUUCAAAGUCAGUGUGUAUCUUUGUGUUCUGCUUUCGCAUGAAGCAGUGAAAAAUACUUAGUGACUUGCCUCAUUGUCUUUGAUGUAUUCUUGUGCUGCUUCAAACGCACCA